UUGUCGUUGUUGAUCAUCGCUGCGCUGGUUGUCGGUGAGAUGCGGCACUAUUUGGUCGGUGAUGAUGGAUAUGAUUACAAGUUCACCGUGGAUACGGCAUUCAGCGAGCGCCCUGAGUUGGAAAUGGACAUGAUUGUUGCAACUCCUUGCACAGGUUUGGUUGCGCAACUCAGCGGCUCCGUGGCAUCCAGUGAAUUUAAUCCAAUGAAUGAACUGAAACGUGACCCGACGCGAUUCGAAUUUACGGAGAAGGAGAAGCUGUACUGGGAGGAAUUGAAAAGAGCCCAGGGCCGUGUCAGCGAACGAACAACCUUGUUUAAAAGUCUUGACAAAAUAACCUUGGUCAGUGGACGUGUGGAGGAAGGUUUGCAGAUGGAAGCAGAUAUAAAGCAACGAGAAGAGGCUCGUGCAAUUCAGCUAGAGCGAAUGAAAAAUCCCAAACAGUCUUCGGAUAUUGACAGUGGAAUGCUUAUUUUAAUUGGAAACGGAUUUAAUGUUUUUCACGUGGUUGCAAGUAACUCAGAUAAAGACGAAGGUACAGCUUGCCGAAUACACGGUCGAGUACGUGUGAACAAAGUUAAAGGUGACAGUGUGGUUAUAACUGCAGGCAGAGGUUUGGGAUUCGAUGGCAUUUUUGCUCACUACAACAGUCAUUCCAAACCAGGAAAUAUUUCACAUCGUAUUGAGCGCUUCAAUUUCGGUUCCCGAAUAUACGGGCUUGUAACGCCACUGGCUGGAACAGAGCAGAUCUCUGAAAAUGGUGUGGAUGAAUUUCGGUAUUUUUUGAAAGUUGUGCCAACAAGGAUAUAUCAUAGUGGCUUGUUCGGUGGUUCCACUCUCACUUACCAGUACUCCGUCACUUUUACGAAAAAAACACCAAAAAAGAAUACGCACAGGCACGCAGCAAUCGUUAUCCAUUACGAAUUUGCGGCCACAGCCAUUGAAGUUCGGCGCAUUCAAACGUUAGUCUUUAUUAAGCCUCUUUUAGAAUAG